AAAAAAAAAAAGGCAUUGACGGCCCACAUCCAGGGAGAGAUCCCAUGCAGGUAUCUAUGAAAGCACAGCGAAAUGUGUGCGCAUCUCAUGGGAAAUACCAACUCGAGUUUCUAACCAGAUGCCUGAUGAAUGGAGUAAAUUGUUCAGUCCCUGUGAUUUAUUACUAAUCUUGACGUUGAGCAAUGUCACCAGUCUAGUCGGUGCUGUUUUUGUUUGUAAGGACUUAUAGUUUCAUUCUCAGUGGCGGUCCCUCUCGUUUUACUUGCUGUUAAUGACAGUGCUGCAAAGGGUUACUGUCUCCCACGAUUCUGCAGAUUGUGUGUGUUGACUUGUUUGCCCAUCACGGCAGUCCUGUGAGGUGAAGACCUGUGAUUAUCCCCAGUUAUUGUCGUUUCUUGACAGAAUUCUCCUACCCAGGGGUUACAGUGCAGCUGGACAUUUGGGGCAGGGGUGGAGGCAGGGACAGGACAGCAGCUUUCACAAACGUAGAACCUUGACCAGUGGUCAUAAGUUGAGUCUAAAAUGUGCCAGACUUGACCAAAGAUCUUUAGCAGGAAAAAUCUUUGAAAUUAAAAAAAAAAAAUGAAAUUGCCUUUUGAAUCUGUUGCUUUUGGAGAGAGAUCCUGGUGUUGAGAUUGGAAAGAGUGGUUGGAGAAUGUCAUGGGUUCUCGCUCUGCAGUUCAGAAUUUUGGGUUCUCGCUCUACAGUUCUUUCCCAUGGACAGUGGUGGGGGCCCCUCUGGGCUUCUCCAGCUGGGGAGGCCAGGCCAAGGGCUCCCAGUGGAGAUCCCAUGGAAAUUUGGUGCCCCCUUAUUCCCAGGACCUGUCCAGUGAUGGUGAUACAACCUCUGCAGCAGCCACGAUGGCGGGCAGUGCCCACCUGCUGGGCUUCUCUGACGAGAUCCUCCUGCAUAUCCUGAGCCACAUCCCCAGCACAGACUUGGUUGUGAAUGUCCGGCGCACCUGUCGGAAGCUGGCAGAGCUAUGCCUGGACAAGAGCCUCACCCACACUGUGCUGCUGCAGAAGGACUACCAGGCGAGCGAGGACAAGGUGAAGCAGCUCGUGAAGGAGAUCGGCCAGGAUAUCCAGCAGCUUAACAUGGCCGGCUGCUACUGGCUGCCGGGCUCCACCAUCGAGCACGUGGCCCGCUGCCGUGGCCUGGUGAAGGUGAACUUGUCGGGUUGCCGCCUGACCUCCCUGCGCCUUUCCAAGAUGCUGUCGGCCCUGCAGCACCUGCGCUCCCUGGCCCUCGAUGUGAGCCCCGGCUUCGACGCCAGCCAGUUGAGUGGUGAGUGCAAGGCCACGCUGAGCCGCGUGCGGGAGCUCAAGCAGACGCUGUUCACACCCUCAUACGGCGUGGUACCCUGCUGCACCAGCCUUGAGAAGCUGCUGCUCUACUUCGAGAUUCUGGACCGCACACGGGAGGGCGCCAUCCUGUCAGGGCAGCUCAUGGUGGGCCAGAGCAACGUGCCCCACUACCAGAACCUGCGCAUCUUCUACGCCCGCCUGGCGCCCGGCUACAUCAACCAGGAGGUGGUGCGGCUCUACCUGGCUGUGCUCAGUGACCGCACCCCUGAGAACCUUCAUGCCUUCCUCAUCUCUGUGCCUGGCAGCUUCGCCGAGAGCGGGGCCACCAAGAACCUCUUGGACUCCAUGGCCCGCAAUGUCGUGCUGGACGCCCUGCAGCUGCCCAAGUCCUGGCUCAAUGGCUCAUCCCUGCUCCAGCACAUGAAGUUCAGCAGCCCCUUCUACUUCAGCUUCAGCAGGUGCACCCUGUCCGGUGGCCACCUCAUCCAGCAUGUCAUCAACGGAGGCAAGGACCUCCGCAGCCUGGCCAGCCUCAACCUCAGUGGCUGCGUCCACUGCCUGUCCCCAGACUCCCUGCUGCGCAAGGCGGAGGACGAUAUUGACAGCGGCAUCCUGGAGACGCUGGUAGUGGCCUGCUGCAACCUGCGGCACCUCAACCUCUCGGCCGCCCACCACCACAGUUCCGAGGGCCCAGGCAGGCACCUGUGCCAGCUGCUGGCCCGGCUGCGCCACCUGCGCUCCCUGUCCCUGCCCGUCUGCUCCGUGGCCGACUCGGCACCACGGGCCGACUGCAAGCCCGCCCAGCCCGCCAUGCAUGCUGUGCCCUGCGGCUUCGGCAAGAAGGUCCGCAUUGGCGUGCAGUCCUGUCCCAGCCCCUUCUCGGGGCAGGCAGGCCCCCAGCCCUCCUCUGUGUUCUGGUCUUUGCUGAAGAACCUGCCCUUUCUGGAACGCCUUGAGCUGAUUGGGUCCAACUUUUCCUCUGCCAUGCCACGCAAUGAGCCUGCAAUCCGCAACUCUCUCCCGCCCUGCAGCCGUGCGCAGAAUGUCGGGGACUCAGAGGUGGCUGCCAUUGGCCAGCUGACCUUCCUGAGGCACCUGACACUGGCCCAGCUGCCCAGCAUUCUGACAGGCUCUGGCUUGGUCAGCAUCGGCCUGCAGUGCCAGCAGCUCCAGUCCCUCUCACUGGCCAACCUGGGCAUGAUGGGGAAGGUGGUCUACAUGUCUGCCCUGUCGGACAUGCUGAAGCACUGCCAGCGGCUAAAGGACCUCAGGCUGGAGCAGCCCUACUUCAGCGCCAACGCCCAGUUCUUCCAGGCGCUGAGCCAGUGCUCCAUGCUGCAGCGCCUGUGCUUGGUCUCCCGCAGUGGCACCCUCCAGCCCGAGGCUGUGCUGGCCUUCAUGGCCCGCUGCCUGCACGUUGUCGUGUGCCACAUGUUCACCGGGGAAUCCCUUGCCACCUGCAAGAGCCUGCAGCAGACCCUCCUCCGAAGUUUCCAGGCUGAGCGGCCCGCGCUGAACGUUGUCAUCUUCCCCCUGCUCCACGAGGGCCUGACUGAUGUCAUCCGGGACGUCCCCAUGGUGCACCUGGACGAGAUCACCUUAUUUAAAAGCAGAGUGGCCGAGGAGCCGCCAAACCUGUGGUGGUGAUGGGGAUGCUAG